CCUUAUAGUAUUCUUAUCGUUAUUCAAAAAAUGAAUUCAUCGAGUAGUCCUACUUUGUUCGUCUUUUUAUCAUUUUUUUUGAAUUAUGUCCACGUUGAUGUUGAAUGAAUUUACUACAUGAUAAUGCAACCGAGAUAAGAAGAUACAACAUCGAUCAAUUCUUGAGAAGAUGUGCUAACCCAAGCUCGUAUCUUGUUUCCCAUUCAUCCAGAAUCGGAUGGCUUGCGCUGUAUCUAGAUCUACCGAGUGAUGGGUUGCGCUGCAUCUAACGAGCCACGCGAGGCUCCGAUAAAACCGCCUAAGGAGACUCCUGCUAUCUUUCACACAGGAGCAGUGGAGAGCUGCGAUUACGCCAUUCUGAGGUUUUAUAAGGGCAGUCUCUACUCGAGCGAGAUACCAGAUCCGGUGCUGUACAAACUGGUGACGCAAUGUGCGAUGUCCACUGGGUCCAUAUGCCAUGUGCUUACAACAUGCAAAAGUUAUGACAAUUGCAGCUAUACUCCGUCAAAACGUAGAGAAAUUUGACUCCUCUGAGCUAUGAAGUCGGACACAGUUCUGAGCUGCUUACCCUCAUCUUCUUCUAAGCGACAGAUCUGGAUCUUCUUUCUUGACGAUGAUGGUUCUAGCGUUUUCAUCUUCUCCGGUGCGUGUUCUCUGUGCAGCGUGAUGGUGAGAUCCAGUCUUCUUUUACAGAGAUGUAAGUGAGUACAUACAAUUAGUAAACAACUUAUGCAAGUACAGGAUGUAAGUACAUAUAAUGAGUACUAAACAAGAAGUUUUUGUUCUAAGGACAAUUAGGCUGGCAACUACGCGGACAUUCGACUACAGCCGGAGGCGGCGCUCCUGUAGACGAACACGAAACGUUUGUACUGGAAAGAACGCAAUAGGGAAACGAGAACAACUAGCACCAGAUGAUACAAGAAGAAGAACUAGAUUGUCUGUACUAUUAUUUUCCGAUGAACUUGAACAUGAGAUCAUAUACCGGAUUAAUAUAGACCUUCACUUACUCCUACGCUUCGUGCGCGGCUUUGGUCUUGGUUAUAACGCCAAUUUUAUUUGUAGACACGUCAUCGAGAUCGACAUGGACAUGCAUCCUUCACUUGUUGUCUAAAUUUUUGUCAAACUUCUAGUCGCGAGGCCAAUUCAUUGCACUGCAAUCUGUUGAUGCAUAGGUUUGUGCCCACGCAUCAGGGACGCAAUGUACUGGAAUGGGAUAUCCUCAAAUUGUACAACUUCUUGUGAGGGUUGUUUUCUUUCCCCUGAGCCACUCCCCUUACAGCUAUCUGUUCCCUCUACAACAUGUAGUUGUACCACUACUUCUUGAUAGUGCAUCUUCAUAUUCUUCUGCAAAAUUAGAAUUACUGACAUCGCCCUGGUGGUGGUGGGGAUGUCUUCAUCCUGC